AUGGCUUCAUCGGAUGGAAUAGACAAAUGUCUAAUGCACAGAGGCAGAUCUCAAAGUGACCCGAACAUCCUCAGCGAGUCUGGCAUUGAUCUCUCGCACAGCACAGAUGUGAUGGAGCAGCAGAAGGUGCUGUGCUCCAGCUGUUUGGUGAGUGGAGUCCACACCCCUCCCAUCCGGCGCCACAGCAAGCUGGCCACACUGGGGCGUAUUUUCAGGCCGUGGAAAUGGAGGAAAAAGAAAAACGAGAAGCUGAAGCAGAGCUCUACAGAUGUGGCCUUGGCUUGUGGACUUAACUCUCCAGACCUCAGCUCUCCCAUCCAGGGCAUCUCCGAUGCUGAGAUCCGGCUACCUGGGUCUCAGGGGCCCAUUCUUAGCAUCAGUAGCAUGGAGUACCUCAGCUCAGAGCAAGACAAUCUCCCUACUGUGGUAGAUUCUGUACAGGACAAUGAGACAACGGAAGAGCCAAAUUCAAAUGAGGAAGAGGAGGAAGACGAGGAGGCGGUUUCUUCUGUAAAUGAGAAUGAAGAUGUUGAGGAAGAUGAAGAAGACAGAGACGAAGAUGAGGAAGAUGAACUGCAGGAACAGUCUCCUCCAAGCGGUCAUGGCAAUCUCGUUUCUCAGCUAAGCACGGAAGAAGACCCAAGUAAAGUCGUCAUCGCAUCAGUGCCUCAGUCAAACUCUUUUCUUCAAAAAGAACUGUAUAGAGUCCCUGACGGCCCUAGUCCUGUGGUUUUAAGAGGGCCUUUUACUAAUCCUGUGGGGUCGCCGCAUAUAGGCAGCAUACAUCCGCCACUGCCCCCUAGCUGUAUAAUAGAAGAACUGCAUCGAGCACUGGCAACAAAGCUCAGGCAGGACAGCAUUGAGCGAGAGCCAAGUGGAGAUGGUGAAAGCAGAAAGGAAGCGGAGGAAAACAAGGAAAAUGUUCGACAGGACCACUGCUUCACUGACGCUUCAGGAAUUAUCUACGAUAUUGACAGCUGGAACGAAUCUGUCAUUUCUGGCACAUUGCCAAGGAGGAUGAAGAAGGAACUGCUGGCUGUUAAGCUUCGGAAUCGUCCCAGCAAACAGGAGCUGGAGGAUAAGAACAUUUUUCCUGUGCGGAGCGACCAGGAGAGACAGGAGAUCCGUCAACAGAUUGAAAUGAAGCUUGCCAAAUCACCCUCACUGAGUCUCUCUUUGGCUCUUUCAGAGAGGAAUGAUCAGACGGAGCAAGAGGAAAGAAGAGAGAUCAAACAGAGACUGAACAGAAAGCUCAACCAGAGGCCAACAGUUGAUGAACUAAGAGAAAGAAAGAUUCUGAUCCGCUUCAGUGACUAUGUGGAGGUGGCCAAAGCCCAGGACUAUGACAGGAGAGCUGACAAACCCUGGACAAGACUGUCUGCAGCUGACAAGGCGGCCAUCCGUAAAGAGCUGAACGAGUUCAAAAGCACUGAGAUGGAGGUCCAUGCUUCAAGCAAACACCUAACAAGGUCAGUAUGCGUGUACAGCACUCACAGAUGUGCCUGCACUAUUUUUAGAUCCACAAAAUCCAAACAGCCUGGUCAAAAAAGACAGGGACACAAAUGCGUUUGCAUAUAAAAAGCAUGAAUGUGUCACCUUGACAUGAAUGGUUUUGGAUAAGAGGUUCCUCUCGACAUUAUAACAUUAGUGGCCUUUAGAGCUCUUAUGCAUGCCUACUAAAAAUAACUGAUUGAUGCAACAGCCUUGUCCCUAUUAUAUCGUGUUUGUGAUUGCGAAAGG